AUGGCACGCUUAGCAUUCAUUCUAGCUUUUCUUGCCUCAUUUUUCAAUCACGCUCUUUUCAGCGUUUCAAGGCCUUCCCGUAUCGAAAAAACAAGAUCACUUGAACGCCGUUACAGCGGUAAAGGAACGUGGUUUAUCCCGAAUACCGGUGCAUGCGGUGAUGUGAACUCUAAUUCAGAUUACAUCGUGGCCAUGAAUUAUCCCCAAUAUAAGAACGGAUCCCCUUGUCAUAAAUUUGUGGUCAUCAAGAACAAGGCGAAUAACAAGGUCGUGAAAGCUAAGGUUACAGACGAGUGCCCUAGCUGCGCUUACGGAUCGUUGGACCUUUCGCCGGCCACCUUUAAAGCUUUGGGUAAUCUAGACACUGGUGUCAUACCUAUUUCGUGGCAUUGGGCUUAG